GUCAACUUGCACUGGCACGCCCGUGAACAAGGCCCCCGCCCGCUCACGGGACGAAUACGACCAAACGCGCGCGCCACGCCCCCAUCUUCACUCACCUCCCCGCUUCUGUCCACAUCCCCUCCUGUAAAUCAGCGCCAGCCAGAGCCAGAGCCGCAAGCCCCUCACAGUUGAGACCAGUUCGCCGCCAGGAACCUUAGAUAAUCUCGUCUUGGCAGGGCCGGCGGCAGGCCGUGCCGCCACGAGACUCCUCGCCGAAACCGCCGGGUCGGGUCGCGCGCGUCAAGGAGAGACCGAGAGAUCGCGUUCGCGCGCGGUGGGAUCGGAGAGAUUUCGUUCUAGAAAAUCGAGCUCCCCUGAGGAUGGAGCGCGGCAGUUCCUGGCGGCGGCUCACCGUGGUCGUCGGCAUCCUUGUCUGCGCGGCCGUCUUCUCGCCGCCCGCCGCCGCGCUCAACAUCGGCAUCCAGUCCGCCGGCGACGGCGCGAGCAAGCAGCAGGCGUGCAGCCGCACAUGCGAGUCGGACCACUGCACGACGGCGCCGUUCCUGCGGUACGGCAAGUACUGCGGCAUCCUGUACAGCGGCUGCCCCGGCGAGCAGCCGUGCGACGCGCUGGACGCCUGCUGCAUGCACCACGACAACUGCGUCCAGGCAAAGAAGGACUACCUGAGCACGUCUUGCAACGAGGCGCUGCUGGAAUGCCUGGCGAGGCUGCGGGAGGGCACGUCCACGUUCGACGGGAACAAGUGCAUGAUCGACGAGGUCAUCGACGUGAUCUCCGUCGUCAUAGAGGCCGCCGUCGUCGCCGGCAGGGUGCUGCACAAGCCGUAGCCGCGCCGCCGCACGAGGCGGGCGUGCGCAGGGAGCACUGCAGCAGGGACAUGUAAACAGCAGCCUGAGGAUGGUGGGUGGUACAUCUUUUUCGUGCUUGGUUUAGGGUGGUGGCGUCCUGGACGGCUGGCCGGGGCCCGGGCUGCGUCGGCUCACAUGGCGGCUUGUGUGCGUGCUACUAGCUGGCCAAAGCUCCCAACCUGGCCUAAACUGACGACAAGAUAUAUGGAGAUUAUUAAAGAAAGCUUGUUUGGUUUUUGAGCAUCUCGUGUCCCUAUCACUGUAUUACCGUAUAAUAUAAAGUAUAAAGAAAGUUUUCCUCAUGCUGGUUUUGAUUUCUUGGACAA